UCUCUCAUUCUCUUUUUUUCCUAAGAAAGAAGCAUCAUGGCUGAUAUACUGAAUGCAGAGCAAAUUGUUGAAUUGCAGGAAGCCUUCAGCCUGUUUGACAAAGAUGGAGAUGGUGUGUUAAUUUCUACUUCAUUUUCUUGUUUUUAUCAAUGUAUAAUGUUGUUGAUUGAUGAAAGUGCAGGUUGCAUAACCAUUGAAGAAUUGGGCACAGUGAUCAGGUCUCUAGAUCAAAAUCCCACCGAGGAAGAGCUCCACGACAUGAUCAACGAGGUCGAUAUUGAUGGCAACGGCACCAUUGAAUUUGCUGAGUUCUUGAACCUCAUGGCCAACAAAAUGAAGGAAACUGAUGCAGAGGAAGAGCUUAAAGAAGCUUUCAAGGUGUUCGAUACAGAUCAAAAUGGUUACAUCUCAGCUACUGAGCUUCGGCAUGUGAUGAUCAAUCUUGGUGAGAAGUUGACAGAUGAAGAGGUGGAACAGAUGAUAAGAGAGGCUGAUUUGGAUGGUGAUGGACAGGUUGAUUAUGAUGAGUUUGUGAAGAUGAUGAUGGCCAUUGGAUAGAUAUAUCUCAAGUUUAUUUUUUUUAUUCCAUUUAUUACAUUGUUGUGCAAAACUUAGGAUCAAUUAGUCAAUCCUGAUGCAAGAAAUUUCAGAUUUUGUUGAUUGUAUUCUUUCAAA